AUGAGAAAUGAUAUAAAUUUCAGUGUCAGGGAUCAGGUAUUCCUUACAGUAUCUCCAUGGAAAAAGGUUAUGAGAUUUUGUUGGAAGGGCCAGUUGAGCCCAAGGUUUAUUAGGCCUUAUAGGAUCCUUAAGAGGAUUCGACUAGUGGCUUAUCAAUUAGAGUUGCCUUCGAAGCUGGACUGUAUUCAUGACGUGUUCCAUAUCUCUAUGCUGAGGCGGUACCAAUCUGACUCAUCUCAUGUGGUUUCGAUUAAGGAGAUUGAGGUCAUGCCAGAUUUUGAGGAGGAGCCAAUUCAGAUCUUGGAGCGUGAGGUUAAGGUUUUGAUCAAAAGGUGGAUUCCAUUGGUAAAGGUCUUAUGGCGAAAUCAUGGCACUAAGGAGGCUACUUGA